CGCAGUCCGUCCGUUGAUCGGCAUCGAUCGAUCAACGAUGAGGUGUCGGCGGCCGUCGCUUCCUGCUCUUGUUGCCGUCGUCGUUCUCGUGGGCGUUAGCUGCUGCUGCUGCGCGGAGACCUCGGCCUCGCCGGCGGCCGCGGCGGAUGAGCUGAUGAGCGGCGGUGAAGCCGGCGGUCCGGCGACGCGGCGGCGCGCGGCGUCGGUGAUGGUGCCCAUCACCAUCCUCAAGUCCGCCGUCAGCGAGGGCGCCGUGUGCAUGGAUGGAACACCACCAGCUUACAACUUGGAUCCUGGCUCUGGAGCAGGGAGCAGAAGCUGGAUUGUGAACCUAGAGGGAGGCGCGUGGUGCAACAGCGCCAGGACAUGCCGGCUCAGCAAGGGCACCGGCCGGGGCUCGUCGGAUCACAUGGACAAGGCGAUCCCCUUCACUGGCAUCAUGAGCAGUAGCCGCGCCGUCAAUCCUGAUUUCUACAACUGGAACCGGGUGAAGAUUCGCUACUGUGACGGUGGAUCUUUUGCCGGCGACGCGUACAACAAGGAGUCUGGGAUUUACUUCCGGGGCCAGCGCAUCUGGAACGCUGUCAUCAGGCACCUCCUCUCCAUGGGGAUGUCCUCUGCAGAUCAGGUGCUGCUCACCGGCUGCUCCUCGGGUGGCCUGGCAGUGGUACUGCACUGUGACCAGCUCCGCGCCUUCUUCCCGCCCGGCACCACCACCACCGUCAAGUGCCUCUCCGACGGCGGCCUCUACCUCGACGCCGUGGACAUCUCAGGCGGCCGCAGCUUGAGAUCCUACUUCGGCGAAAUUGUGGCCAUGCAGGGAAUAGCUCAGAGCCUGCCGCCGGCUUGCACCGCCCGUCUGGACGCCACCUCGUGCUUCUUCCCGCAAAAUAUAAUCGAUAGCGUAAAGACCCCUAUGUUCAUCCUAAAUGCAGCAUACGACGUCAUUCAGAUUUCGCUGAGCCUGGCUCCGAACAGAGCUGAUCCCAGCGGCUCUUGGCGGGCUUGCAAGUCCAACCGUUCAGCCUGCAAUGCAUCCCAAAUGAAUGUCCUGCAAGGUUUCAGGGACCAGAUGGUGUCAUCUGUGCAGGGCUUCUCCCGGUCCAGGAGCAAUGGGCUGUUCAUAAGCUCCUGCUUUGCGCACUGCCAGUCCGAGCAGCUGGGCACCUGGAACAUUGUACCAGGUGGCUCCCCCACCAUUCAAAACAAGGGGAUUGCGAAAUCAGUCGGCGAUUGGUACUACAAUCGAGCUGAAGUCAGGGCAAUCGACUGCCGCUAUCCCUGCGACAAAACUUGCCACCACAUCAUGUGAGGAGAUCCAACUUUCAGUUUUGCAGUCUGCACAGCAUAUGGAUUCUCGAAAGAGUGUGCAUCACAUUGAUUCGAGAAGCAAAUGAAAUAAAAAAAAAUUAGAAUUCUAAAGCAGAGUGUAGUUUCUCAGUUGAUUCAAGAGCAAACAGAUGCAGAUCCAUCCAUUGGAACACAACAUGGAAUCAUAUGGACUGGGUACUCUCGCUAUCUGUCAUUCUUACAGUUGCCACUACCAGCAAAUGUGAAAUGCUAUCCAGAUUAGAAUUAUUUCUGGCUGCUCAUGUUAACCCUGCAAAAACUUGUAAAUGAGGCCUAUGUGAUUUCCACCACCAAGAACGGAUCACAACAUUAUACAAAACCGUGGGUACAGGAACAAAAACUCUUGCUACAGCAAAUUCUAUUUCUGUACAACUAAUAAAAUGUGAUUGUUAUCCA